CUCGUCGGAAACACGGCGUACGUCGACGCUCGGACGAAGGAAUUGUCGCACAGCGUUCUCCAAGCAAUGGCUACCUUCUUAGGAAGUUGUCGGGAGCUGUUACUAGAGCUGGUUUUGUACUUGUGGUGGACUGCGACCCGGCUGGUGUUUGCCUUGUGGUGGUUCUGGCAAAGGCCUCGUCCAGUUGCACCUAUCACCGACAAGCUUCUGCUGCGUUCUGCUACAUCUCUUGCUGCCGACAUCAGAAAUGGCAAGGUGCGAAGUGUCGACGUUGUCUCCACCUACAUCCGACGCAUCCGGGAGGUGCAGCCCAUCAUCAACGCUGUCGUCGAGGAGAGAUUCGCUGAGGCUCUUAAAGAUGCCGAGGAGGUCGACACACUGGUGGCAUCGGGAAUCAUGAGCCCUAGUCAAAUGGCCGAAGAGAAGCCUCUGCUGGGGCUGCCGUUCACUUCCAAGAACAGCAUAGCGAUCAAAGGUAUGCGACAGGACGCAGGCUCUCUAUUCUGGUACGGGCGGCGUGCUGUAGAGGAUGCUCCUGCUGUAGCACUCCUCAGGGCAGCCGGUGCCAUCCCGCUGGCGCUGACGAACGUACCCGAGAUGUGCAUGUGGGGCGACUCGCACAAUUUGGUGGACGGCGCCACACUCAACUCGCACGACACACGUCGUAGUCCCGGAGGGAGCAGUGGUGGAGAGGGAACCCUGCUGGCAGCGGCUGGCUCCCUGAUUGGUAUAGGCACAGACAUUGGUGGAAGCGUCCGAAUACCCGCUGCCUACUGCGGCAUCUUUGCCCACAAGCCAACAGCUGGAGUGGUACCCAACACUGGCCUGUUCCCAGACGCCGGAGACAAACUUAGACAGUUCAACUGCGUGGGACCAAUGACCAGGUUUGCGGAAGACUUGCCGCUGAUGCUCAACGUUCUGGCGGGAAGUCCGACCAACGUUUUCAGACUAAGCGAAAAGGUAAACCUGAACAUGCUGAAGCUUUAUUACAUGGACACGGAAGGAAGCCUAUACAUCAGCCGGAUCACAAGUGAUGUUCGCAAAGUCGUGAAAAAGGUCACUCAGUACCUCAAGGAGACGCACGGACUCCAACCGCAGCCAAUGCAAAUUCCCGAGAUGCGAUUCGCCGUGUUCACGUUGUUCAAGGUUGCCGCUGCGAAGGAACCCCAGCCGUUGUCCGAGAUGUACAGGCCCGGCGGCUUCAACACUUUAGUUGAACUGUUCCGUCUCCUGGUGGGAGCUGGCCGCCACACACUGGCAGCGUUGGUCACGUGCAAAAUGGCGUCACUUUUCCGCUUCCGUUCUGAGCAGGAAGGUGAAGCGUUAGUCGCUUCAUUAGAAAAUGCACGUGACCGGUUUGAGGAAAAGCUGGGAGAUAAUGGAGUACUAGUCCUACCCGCAGCGACGAGCGCUGCAUUGUUUCGGAAUCAGGACGUUCUCAUCUUCGAUUCGCCGGACACAGUCACUCUGUUUAACUUGUUCCAGGCACCCGCCACAGUGUGCCCCGUAAUGCGGUCAGUGAAUAACUUGCCCUUGUGUGUGCAGGUUGUUGCCAAGAGAGGAAAUGACAGGCUAUGCCUUGCGGUAGCCAGGGAAAUAGAGAAGCACUUUGGUGGGUGGAUGGAUCCUUCAGUGAAUUGUUAAUGAAGGGUUCCUCGACCAGUUUUUGGGUCAUUUAGAUAUCUCACUAUGCAUUAGCGAAGGUGCUUUAAGUUGUGCAUGCCCAUGCAAAACCUGUUUCCAUGCAAGCGCACCAGUAAAGAAUAAAAAAAAAUGGCAGCAUA